UGUGAGAGCGGGCCGCCCUCUGCUGCUCUGCUGGAAGCCUCUUUUCUGGUUGGUCUGGCUGGAAGUGACCGGCUCCCGCGCUCCGCGGACAUAAAAAGGAGGCUUUCAGCCGUUCUGGAAACAUUUCUCUGAGUCGAGACUUACGAGAGCAUCUAACAAUGAGUGGCCGAGGCAAAACCGGAGGAAAAGCCAGAGCUAAGGCAAAGACCCGCUCCUCCCGUGCCGGGCUCCAGUUCCCAGUCGGCCGUGUACACAGGCUGCUCCGCAAAGGGAACUACGCUCAGCGUGUGGGAGCCGGCGCCCCCGUCUACCUGGCGGCUGUGCUGGAGUACCUGACCGCUGAGAUCCUGGAGCUGGCUGGAAACGCUGCCCGCGACAACAAGAAGACCCGGAUCAUCCCCCGCCACCUGCAGCUGGCUGUCCGCAACGACGAGGAGCUCAACAAGCUGCUGGGCGGAGUGACCAUCGCUCAGGGCGGCGUGCUGCCCAACAUCCAGGCCGUCCUGCUGCCCAAGAAGACCGAGAAGCCCGCUAAGAAGUAACACUGGAGACCCGCUGACUGCUGGAAACCAGACCCAAAAAGGCUCUUUUAAGAGCCACUCACUCUCCUGAUAAAGACCUGUUUCUCAUGUGCCGCUGAAUGGAAAAAUAACCUAUUGAUUUAAUAUAUUUAUAUCCUCAUAACUCCAUGAACACGAUAAACCAAUAACUUUGAGGAAAAACCCUACAGGCCUGUUGCCAUUUCGAAAGACAAGUCUAAUAUUGUAAAUAAACUGAACAAAGAUGUCUACUCUACUUCAUAUCUGGCAAAUGUUGUUCAUUUUACUAUUUGUGUAGGCUAUUUUCUAAUUUUUUUUUUUUUUGCAGAUUCAGAUUUAGCUUCCUCCAAAUAUAAUCCACAAUGACCAUAGAUCAAGAAAACUUCCUGUUUUUGUUGGUCAAUUAAUCAAUUUUUUUUUUUUUACA